ACCGCUGCGCCUGCGCAGUCGGUGUGGCCGGGGGUGGGCUGUUAGUAGCGCUCACCCGUUGAUCUUGUUCCUGCUUAGUCUUGGUUGCCGUCCCCGCCCGGGUUCCCUGGCCUCAUGAGACGCCGGUGAGGCGGGCCGCCGGCCGACUCUCGUCGGGAUGGAGCACAUCCGUACGACCAAGGUUGAGCAAGUGAAAUUACUUGACCGAUUCAGUACCAGUAACAAGUCAUUAACAGGAACACUGUAUCUUACAGCCACACAUCUAUUAUUUAUAGACUCUCAUCAGAAAGAAACCUGGAUACUGCACCAUCACAUUGCCUCAGUGGAGAAACUGGCUUUGACAACUUCUGGAUGCCCGCUUGUGAUUCAGUGCAAGAACUUCAGAAUUGUGCAUUUCAUUGUUCCCAAAGAAAGAGAUUGCCAUGAUAUUUACAACUCUUUGCUACAACUGUCAAAACAAGCAAAAUAUGAAGAUCUCUAUGCAUUUUCUUAUAAUCCCAAACAAAAUGACUCCGAACGACUGCGAGGUUGGCAGCUUAUUGACCUUGCUGAGGAAUAUAAGAGGAUGGGUGUGCCAAAUUCUAACUGGCAGUUGUCUGAUGCCAACCGAGAAUACAAGAUUUGCGAAACUUAUCCAAGAGAACUUUAUGUUCCCCGAAUAGCAAGCAAACCAAUAAUUGUUGGUAGUUCUAAGUUCCGGAGCAAGGGAAGAUUUCCAGUUCUUUCCUACUAUCAUCAAAAUAAGGAGGCUGCCAUUUGUCGAUGUAGUCAGCCACUGUCGGGAUUCAGUGCCAGGUGCCUGGAGGAUGAACAUCUGCUUCAAGCCAUCAGUAAAGCCAACCCAGCCAAUCGCUACAUGUAUGUCGUGGACACCAGGCCCAAACUGAAUGCAAUGGCCAACAGAGCAGCUGGAAAAGGUUAUGAAAAUGAAGACAACUAUUCUAAUAUUAGAUUUCAGUUUGUUGGAAUUGAAAAUAUUCAUGUUAUGAGGUCAAGCCUUCAGAAGUUACUGGAAGUUAAUGGCACCAAAGGGCUUUCCGUCAAUGAUUUCUACUCCGGUUUGGAAAGCUCCGGAUGGCUUCGCCAUAUCAAAGCUGUCAUGGAUGCUGCAAUCUUCUUAGCCAAAGCAAUAAUGGUUGAAAAUGCAAGUGUGUUGGUGCAUUGUUCUGACGGCUGGGACAGGACUUCCCAGGUCUGUUCCCUUGGCUCUCUGUUGUUGGAUUCCUACUACAGGACAGUCAAAGGAUUCAUGGUUUUAAUAGAAAAGGAUUGGAUCUCCUUUGGACAUAAGUUUUCAGAGAGGUGUGGCCAUUUGGAUGGUGACCCAAAGGAAGUCUCACCAGUGUUUACUCAGUUCUUGGAAUGUGUGUGGCAUUUGACCGAACAGUUUCCACAAGCCUUUGAGUUCAAUGAAGCGUUUCUUCUUCAGAUCCAUGAACAUAUUCAUUCGUGCCAAUUUGGAAACUUCCUCGGAAAUUGUCAGAAGGAGAGAGAAGAACUCAAGUUAAGGGAGAAGACUCACUCCCUGUGGCCAUUUCUGCUGGAUGACCGAGAGAAGUACUCAAACCCUCUCUACAGUCCCACAUCUCCGAGAUUUGCUGUUUUGGAGCCAAAUACAGUAUCUUUCAAUUUUAAGUUUUGGAGAAGCAUGUACCACCAGUUUGACCGAACAUUGCAUCCCAGGGAGUCAGUGUGUAACAUAAUCACAAAAAUGAACGCGCAAAAUAAGCAGUUAGAGAAAGACAUUAAAGACUUAGAAUCUAAAAUCAGUAAACACAAAAAUGAGGAAACUGAUGGAGUUUUCACCAAGGAAUUGUUACAUUCAGUUCGUCCCGAGUCACCUACCCUCAAAACCUCGCUGUGUUUUAAGGAGCAAACUGUGCUGCCUGUGAAUGAUACUCUUCGAACUAUAGAGGGCAGCAACCCUGCGGACAACCGUUACAGUGAAUACUCCGAGGAGUUUUCCAAAUCCAAACCUGCUGUGGUCAGCUUAGAGUACGGCGUGGCACGAAUGACUUGUUAGACUCGUAGUGUUUUCUGGACUAACUGUAGUGCAGGAAAUGGUUUAUUGUGAGGGUGAUCUGUGUGCAUGACCAAAAGGAAUUUGUCUAAUAAUUCUCUUAGAGUCUAACAGUAGGUUAAUAGUUGAAAGAAGGAUAAUGACUGCUCUUGUGAGAGAACCAAGUCAGUGUAACUGCAUUUCUAACAAGGAAUGACUUUCAGUUAAGAAACAAGUGAUACUGGCAAAUGUACUCAAAACACAAUUUGCAUUGUAUACUAGCAAAUUGACAUUUCUGUAUGUUUUAUAUGUUAAUUAUAGCCAAACAGGAAUGGCCUUACAUAAGUAUAAUUUAAUCACCAGUAAACAAAACUCAACAAGGCAAUCCCUUAAUAGAUAUGGCAAGUUCUUUCGAUUAUGUAACCACGUAACUAUGAAUAUUUACAUAUUUUACUUGUUAGUGAUGUUUAACAUCGAAGUGCCAUGAAAAAUAUUUCUAAUAAAGACUUUAAAAUCUCAGUUUAUUCUUUACUCUUAGGUUUUGUAGCCUAGAGCAGGGUUUUCUGUUUGGUUUUCCUUGGUCGGCCUAGUUCUGUCUGUGUGGAUCGCGCUCUCGUCACUGCAGGCUUCGCGUGUGACGGUGCUCCGGUGCGGAGGCGCACUGUUAAGUCCGUAUGUAGCUCAUCUCACUGCCACACUCAGAAGUAGUGCAACUGCAGUUUUUAUUCUGAUUACAGUUUGCUUAGUACUACAUUUGAUGGCUUACUAUUUAUAACAUAGGUUAUUGAUUUUUUUUAAUAUUAAGGACAUUUGACUGCCUUUUAUGUAUAGAUUACUGCACUGUUGAUUCUUAUUUUGUGGUUGGCUUUAUUCCUUUGAUAAUUAUGUAAUUAAAAGAAAUCUAAAGUUCUAAAACUGUUCUUAGAACAUGAAUAAUACAUAUGUAUUUUUAAACUGUUUUAUCUCUCAAUGAGUUACUAUUCUUUCUAGACUAUUUCACUUUCAGUUUACCCAAACAUUUUUGGGUAAGAACAAAAAUGAAAUACAGGUAGAUAUAUUUGCUUGGUUAUCUGAAUCUUAAGGCACUCAUUUCUAUAUGGAGUAUUAUUUUCUGCUAAUAUAUAAGAAAAGAAGGAAAAUGAAGGAUAGCCUAAUACAAAGUGAAUGUUUAACAAACCAACUUAAAUGCUGGGAAGAGUUUCAUUUUGCCAUGUAACUUAUUCUGUGUACUGACACAUAUCUUUAAAUUACAAGAGAAAAAGCAUCUGUAUUGUAGCCAAUGGCCUGGCCUGCUGGGCUGGGGCAGCCCGCAUUCACACAGGACCUGGGUGCCUGAGGUCAGGACUACCGGAGCCAGCUGGCUUUAAAAUUGAAAUUUUAAGUGAUAUAAUUAAAGUGUACCAGGCAUAAUUAAAGGGUACAAGGAGAUUGCAAAGGACCCCUCAUGCUUCUCUUUAUUAUGCCUAUAUCUGUUACUAGUUUUAGACAUAUAUUUUUUCAAGUGGGAAAAGAACUUUAUUGUAUGACAGCUUAUCUAAUCCGGUUUAGUUUUCCAGUGCCUUUCUAUAACAGAUUAUGUUGAUUGGAAAAAUACUCCUUUUCAAAGAGCAAUAGAAAUGUACUCUGUAUAAAACAUUAUUUGUGGUAUUGAAGCACUGGGACAGGAAGCUUAACCUUUGUGACCACAGCGGGAAAGUGUUUGUGCUUUGUUACUGGGUUCCAGCACUGACUGUGGCUUUCAGAUCUUCCGUGGAAGAUUUCUUAUAGUCAGCUCUUUGGUUUGUCAUCUUCUAAUCUUCAGUUGAGGCACAUAUGUGUGUGUUUAUCUGCUCUCAUGUGGACUGAAAAAUCAGUUAACACCCUAAGUGACCCAUAGGGUAUGUGUUGGCAAAAAGCAGAUUGUGUGUCUCAUAAAAUUGGAUUUAUGUUCAACGUGUUUGGGAAUAUAUAGCAUGUAAAUUAUUUCAUAUAUUAUUUAAAGGUAAUUAAAUGUUCAUGUUUUACUUCAAAUGUUUUGCUUUGGGAAAAAAAAUUGGAUCAAGUUAUAGUCGUUUUUUUCCAUCACUUAGGCAGAUGGACCUGCAACCUACACUAAUUGUAACAAUGUCAAGUUUAAGCAGUUUAUCUGCCAAAAGACAGGUUUUGGUAAUUAAUAACCAUUAUGUACAAAAAAUAAUUUCCAAAAUAUUUAAACUAGGAAUAGUGGACUAAAAGGUUCAGCAGAUAUAGCUGAUCAUGUCAUUAAAUUUUUCCUUUGUGCUCGUCACUUCCUGUUAUAAUCAGUAACAAUUUGCUCUUACCAACUUGUUAAUGGAAGGAGGCAUCCAAUGAGUAUGUACAUUCAAGGUGAAACGUCUCUUCAAAGACAGAUCUGGAUUUAAACAUGAGGAGGAAAAUGAUUGGCAGAGAAGAAUGAGUAUUCAUUUUAUUUGGGGGUGUUUUGAGCAGGUUAGUGAGGCUAGAAAUAGCUCGGGGAGUCUUGACUAAAUAAAGAAGAAAAGAAGCUCUCCCCAAAUCUCUUUAUUUGGUGGGGUAGCAGGACAGGAUGGUAGUAUCAGGAUAGACUCUUUA